GACCAACAAAAAAUUCACGGCUCCCUCUCUCUCUCUCGAGCCCUUUGGCGGUCAUUCAACUCACUCCCAGAAGCCUGUGUGCCGAUCGAAUCCCUCUCCGAUUAGUCUAGAACAACGAAAACAGCAUCUCAGCGAUGACGGCGGCGACACUGCAGAACGGCGCUGUGUCCAACGGCGGGGGCAGUGGUGCUGCCGCUGCAGACACUAACGCGGUGGCCAAUGGAAAUCUGGGUGGCUCAAACCCUAGCUCCGGCAAGAAGCUGAGGGAGAGCGACCGUCGCCGAAGGAGGCGCAAGCAGAAGAAGAACAAGGCCCGUGAUGCAUCCGCAGCCGCCAAUGUCGACGAUAGCGAUGGCGACGAGACGAAAGAGAACGACGAUCCUCAGAAGGGUUUUGAGCAAGUCGUAGUGGAAUAUGUUCCAGAGAAGGCAGAGUUGGAAGAUGGUGUGGAUGAUGAAUUCAGAAAGAUCUUUGAGAAAUUUAGUUUUGUGGAAGGCACUGCUGCUGAGGAUACUGAUAAGAAAGAUGAAGCGGCACAAGCUGUUGAGCCUAAGAAGAAGGCCGACUCAGAUUCUGAUUCUGAAGAUGGAGAGCAAGAUAACCAGCAGAAGGAUAAGGGAGGCUUGUCAAACAAGAGGAAAAAGCUUUUACGAAGAAUGAAAAUUGCGGAACUGAAACAGAUUUGCUCAAGACCUGAUGUGGUUGAGGUUUGGGAUGCUACUGCAUCAGAUCCGAAGUUGCUUGUAUUCUUGAAGGCGUACAGAAACACUGUUCCUGUACCAAGGCAUUGGUGUCAGAAACGGAAGUAUCUUCAGGGGAGCGGCAACACUGGUGGAUCCUCGACUUGUAUGUGUUUGCCAAAGGGUUCCCUAUAUCAAUUAUCUUUGAAUAUUAUAGUUUGUUGGUUGGGGAUGAAGUAUGAAUAUGGUAAUUGCUGGUUGGUUGAAAAGGGGGGGGGAGGGAAUUCCUGUUUUGAAGCAGUAAACUUGUCCUACUGACAUGUGAACUGUGCAUUUUUCACCAUGUCAUUGCUAAUUUAUCUACUUUCAAUUUACAGAUGCCUCUUCCAUUAUUAGUGCUGGGGCCCACAUUCUUCUGAGUUUUGUUUUAUUUUAAUUUGUAAUCAUUUGGUUUUGAACCGAAGUUACUGGAUAAGUAACUAAAUGAUCUAGGGUAAUCUGGAAAGUUACUACCUUUCUGGUACCUUAUCCGGUUCGAAAAUUGUUUUUUGCAGGGUAAGCGUGGUAUUGAGAAGCAGCCUUUCCAGCUCCCCGAUUUCAUUGCCGCAACAGGAAUUGAAAAAAUUCGUCAGGCAUAUAUUGAGAAAGAGGAUGGUAAGAAGUUGAAGCAGAAGCAACGAGAGCGAAUGCAGCCUAAGAUGGGGAAGAUGGAUAUUGAUUAUCAGGUUCUCCAUGAUGCCUUUUUCAAGUUCCAAACGAAACCAAAAUUAACAAGUCAUGGCGACUUGUACCACGAAGGGAAGGAGUUUGAGGUGAAACUUAGAGAGAUGAAGCCAGGCUCUCUUUCGCAAGAACUAAAAGAAGCUCUUGGUAUGCCUGAAGGUGCCCCUCCACCAUGGCUUAUUAAUAUGCAGAGAUAUGGCCCUCCACCAUCAUACCCUCAUUUGAAGAUCCCUGGACUGAAUGCACCAAUUCCUCCAGGAGCUAGCUUUGGUUAUCAUCCCGGUGGCUGGGGCAAGCCUCCAGUUGACGAAUAUGGGCGGCCUUUGUAUGGAGAUGUUUUUGGGGUUCAGCAACAAGAACAACCUAACUAUGAGGAGGAGCCGGUCGAUAAGAGUAAGCAUUGGGGUGAUUUGGAGGAAGAGGAAGAGGAGGAAGAGGAAGAGGAGGAGGAAGAAGAAGAGAUGGAAGAAGAGGAACUUGAGGAUGGCAUUGAAUCUGUUGACAGCCUUUCAAGUACACCAACUGGUGUUGAGACGCCUGAUGUUAUUGACCUUCGUAAACAGCAGAGAAAGGAACCUGAUAGGCCGCUCUACCAAGUUCUUGAACAAAAGGAAGAGAGUAUUGCUGCUGGAACUUUACUUGGAACAACUCAUACGUAUGCUUCCUUUCCUUUUGCUUUCUGGAACCCUUAUUCGAAAACUGUGGAUCUGCUUAGGGGCCACAAAGCUGAUAUGGUGCAAGUCAGUUUGCAACCUGAAGAGCUGGAAGUCAUGGAUAAUGUUCUAUCUGCCAAGUACGAGGAAGCAAGGGAAGAGGAGAAAUUGCGAAGCCAAAAAGAGGAUUUCAGUGACAUGGUUGCAGAGAAUGAGAAGAAAAGGAAGCGCAAGAUGCAGGACAAGGAAGGAAAAUCGAAGAAGAAAGACUUCAAGUUCUGAGGAGGUGGACAACCGAAUCGAACUCACAGUUGAAUGUAUUAUCUAUAUAUCUACCGCGGGCUGAAUAUCAGAUUCCAAAGCGUUUGGUGGGAAAAGGGGCUAUUCGAGUUUUGCACCGUGUACUGUUUUGUCGACGAAGAAGACUGUUCUUGUGUUCUUGCUUAUUAGGGCGCGGGGCAGCCCGCUGAAAGAGCUUAUGCUUAAUGGCAAUGUCUUGAGAUGAAAAUUUUAAAGUGAUUGCUCUUGGUGUAACGAGAGCGUUGAUUCCUGGAGCUAGAUAAAGAUCUUCAGUAAUGGCAGUCGUGGUCAAGUCUAUAUUAAUGGCGUUGGCGCUUUGUUGUAGGGAAAAGGAGAGUGCUCUGAGAAUUCUUUACUAUAAAUCGAAUUUUUUUGUUGUCUUCCCCUCCGUAUCCCCAUUAUUUCUGUCUGUCUUCGUUGCAAUCUCUUCGAAUUUGGCCGUCGGAAGUACUAGAGUUGUUAAAUGGUGCGGUAUAGUUUAGAUUGAAUCGUAUAUAUGGUAUGCAGUUCAGACCAGACUAAAGACAAGGUUAGAUAUUAUACGGUCUGAAUUAUAUCAGGUCUGUGGUCUGAUCCGGUACCAAUUUGAUCUACGAUUUUUCAAAUGGUCUAGUCUAUCCUUAUUUGGAAGCUCUGUUCGUCCUAUGUGAGUUUUUAGGUAAUCUCCUUUCUUUUGUG